UUGCCACCUUGGAGGGGUCUGGGUGCGAGCCGGGGACGCCAGGAGGAGUCUGCCAACUUGUUCUGGGAUCUGAACGAGGCUGGAGAAACCUUCUGUGGAGGGGUUUUAAGGUUAGGAAAGGGAUAAGCUGGACCCUUCCCGCCUGGAUGGGUGGCCCCCCGGUCCUUGGUGACUUAAAUUGAUCCCCAACUCCUGUCUGCGCUCUUCCCUUCCCCAGUUCCAUCCCAUGGAGGAGUUGCUCUCCUGUCGAGGAAUUGGCAUGGGCUGGCCCGGGGCUGGGAAGGAAGGAGAAGGGGCUACCUGGCACGGAGAGGCUGUCUGAGCGUGUGUAGCAUGUGUAUUUCAGAGCCUGACACUUGAGAAGACUGUUGCUCAGGCUAAGAAAACAUAGUUUUUGGGGAGCCAGAGAGCAGAGGCAACGGCGGAUGCCUGUGUGAGCGGAGAGCUUUGGGAAAUCUGUGAGCUGAGGAAGUGGAGAGGCUGGCGGCAAUGCGAUCUGACUCCCUUGUCCCGGGUACCCACACCCCACCCAUCCGGAGGAGGAGUAAGUUUGCCAACCUGGGAAGGAUUUUCAAGCCUUGGAAAUGGAGGAAGAAGAAGAGUGAAAAGUUCAAACACACGUCUGCAGCCCUGGAAAGGAAAAUAUCGAUGAGGCAAAGCAGAGAGGAGCUAAUAAAACGAGGGGUCUUGAAGGAAAUCUAUGAUAAAGACGGGGAGCUCUCCAUAUCGAAUGAAGAUGACUCCCUGGAAAACGGGCAGUCCCUGAGCUCCAGCCAGCUAUCGCUGCCUGCCCUGUCCGAGAUGGAGCCAGUCCCGAUGCCCAGGGAUCCCUGCUCAUACGAGGUGCUCCAGCCUUCCGACAUCAUGGAUGGGACAGUGUCUGAAGAGAGUCCCUCUGCCAGUGAGUCUGGAGUCCUGCCCCAAGAUCCUUCAGCCAAAUCCGUCCUGCUCCUGCCCCCCAAAAAACCUGCUGCUUUCCCUGGAGACCAUGCGGAGACCCCAGUGAAGCAGCUCUCUCUCCUCAAGCAGCCCCCUGCCCUGCCUCCCAAACCCACUGCCAGGAUUGCCAACCACUUAACAGAUCCUGGCGCCCCUGUGAAAUUGCCUUGUCUGCCGGUGAAGCUGUCGCCUCCGCUACCUCCAAAGAAAGUCAUGAUCUGUAUGCCCAUGGGGGGGCCAGACCUCUCCCUGGCAUCCUACGCGGCCCAGAAGAGCGGCCAGCAGGGCGGGGCCCAGCACCACCACACCGUCCUGCCCUCCCAGAUCCAGCACCAGCUGCAGUACGGCAGCCUCAGCCAGCACCUCCCCGCCACCACCGGCUCCCUCCCCAUGCACCCCUCGGGCUGCAGGAUGAUAGAUGAGCUGAACAAAACGCUGGCCAUGACCAUGCAGAGGCUGGAAAGCUCUGAGCAGCGGGUACCCUGUUCUACUUCUUACCACAGCUCUGGUUUGCACUCGGGUGACAGUGUCACAAAAGCAGGACCUCUGGGCCUUCCAGAAAUAAGACAAGUGCCAACUGUUGUGAUUGAAUGUGAUGACAAUAAAGAAAAUGUGCCUCAUGAAUCAGACUACGAAGACUCUUCUUGCCUGUACACAAGAGAAGGGGAAGAGGACGAGGACGACGACAGCUCGCUGUAUACCAGCUCCCUGGCCAUGAAGGUGUGCAGGAAGGACUCCUUAGCCAUCAAACUCAGCAACAGGCCCUCCAAGCGAGAGCUGGAAGAAAAGAACAUCCUUCCGAGGCAGACGGACGAGGAACGGCUGGAGCUGAGGCAGCAGAUUGGCACCAAGCUCACCAGGCGACUGAGCCAGAGGCCGACUGCAGAGGAGUUGGAGCAGAGGAACAUUUUGAAACCUCGGAAUGAACAAGAGGAACAAGAGGAGAAACGAGAGAUCAAGAGGAGAUUAACUCGGAAGCUCAGCCAGAGGCCCACAGUGGAAGAGCUGAGAGAGCGGAAGAUCCUCAUCCGCUUCAGCGAUUACGUGGAGGUGGCCGAUGCUCAGGACUAUGACCGCAGGGCCGACAAGCCCUGGACCCGCCUCACCGCUGCCGACAAAGCUGCCAUUCGGAAGGAGCUCAAUGAAUUUAAAAGCACUGAAAUGGAAGUUCACGAAUUGAGUAGACAUUUAACAAGGUUAGUAUCAAGUGGGGUUUUUUUCCCCUCAAAUUAUAACAUUUACCCACAAACUGAACUAUCCCUAGCUGCUUCUGGAGGACAAGUGGUGUGGUGGGUGCAGUGAGGGGAGAAGAUAGAAAGAGCUACAUGGGGAUCCACAGGUUCCACUGUGGUUUCUGAAAGUAAGGGAAGGAGCAUGAAAGGCCCAGGCUGAACGCAACCUUCUCAAAGCCUAGUUUUUUAACUCAUUCAAACCGAAGAUCUGCUAAAUGCCAGACCACCAACAUGGUGGGUAUUUAUGAGAACAUAAGCUGAGGAGAAAAGAUCACUUGCCAACGGAGACCAAACUAGGAUAAAGUACCGAAUCCUCAUGGGACUUCGGAAGUGGGAUCAUGCCUGAUUCCAUGUCGUUCUCCCAGACAGUCGUGUGUGAUGCUACUUGGGGAAACUGAAGCACAGAGAGAUAGGAGGGGCUUAUACAAGGUCACAGGGCUAGUCAGCGACGGAGCCGCUGACUGAGUUCUUCUGACCCUCUCCUUUGGUGAACAUCUGGAGAAACAGUGCCUGGCUCGGAGACGCGAGGCUGGGGUCCCCACCUUGCUGCUGAGCCCUUGCAUAGGCUGAGAGCCCCCGGGAGCUCCAGGCUAAACUUCUCCAAAACCAAAGGUGAACUCGGUGGGCCUAAAGUUCUUGAGGGGUACUGUGGAGAUUUAUUUGCCUUUGGUUGGAGAUUUAAGCCUUCCUGUGGCUGUCAGAAACAAGGAAUUCGAGGAUGGAGAUCUUAGAGUGUCAAAUCCGACACCUUUCGCAGCCCCUGGGUCUUGACUGAAUUAUUUGUUUUCCUAGGUUUCACCGACCUUAACAGUCGAAUUCCUCUUGAGUGCUAUGCUGUCUUCAAAACAUAAGUUUAUAAGAACCAUAAGUGCUGGUAUUUAUUCACUUCCCCAUUACGAUGUAAAUCUUCUGAACUACCUUUUUUUAAAAGAAGAGGAAAAGGAAAAGGAAACACAAGCAGGAUGGCGAUGGUUACGGCUCCGUGGUCAGAGGUGCUGGUGCCACUGCUGAUAAGGGACUGUGCCCUGCCCCGGGCAGGGCCGAGGACACCGCAGACUUUCCAGCACUAGGAGAAGCCCUGGGCCUCUCCGGCCAGGCUGGCAGGUACCACGUUUGUUCAGGCUCCGGCGAGCCUUAGGCGACAGACACUUUGGAGGCAGAGUGCAAAGAAAGCCGAGGCGGUGGAUCUGGCCUGGGAUGACUGUGCAAAGCGGGCGGUCCGGCUGGCCUUCUAGGCUUGGCCAGAUGCACGGGCUCCAGGUGGGCCACGUGGUUGGGGGGCCCUGAGGCGGCGGCUGAGGGAGCAGCGUCCUCCUCUCCCUCCAGCAUCACCCAGGCUGUGAACUGAAAGCCCGGGAGAGCCCUUUUCUGGGGGAGCCUGUGGCCGACAGUGUGUGCUCCAGGCCUGGAAGGCUGGCACGAGCGCCUGUCCUGUCCCCUCAGGCUGAGCCGGGCUGCCUUCCAGGAAGCUCUGGUUUAGAAGGGGAAAGUCGUCAUUAGCAAAGCCCGGUGUCACGGGUGAUCUUACGCAUACCAACAGCCACGGGCGGCAUGGUGGGAUCACGCGUGUGAGCGUGAGACCCCUUUUGAGGGCAUAAAGGCUGGGGUGACAAACUGCUUGGCCCAUGUUCUUCAUUUUCUCUGCAUGUCCCAGGGCUGGUGACCGGGUGGCUUGGCCGUUAAUGGCCUUUGAGUCGAGGACCGAUGCCUGCAGGCCAGAAACCAUUCCUGAAAGGCUGAAUUUCCAGCCGCUGGUGGACUGGUCCUCCAGAACCACCUGAGGGCCUUCCAGGCUUGCUUUGCACUGAAGAGUCUGUGCAGAAGCCCCAGCGCUGGGCAGACGCCAGCCACACCUGCUGUGCUGGACCUUCCACGCCUGCUUCUCUGGGGAGCAUCCUUCCUCUCCCCCUUGAUGCUGGUGAGGGUGACUGGAGAUGUACCUCUGACCACCCUCCUCUCUCGGGACCACAGGAAAGCAGCGGUGACAGGGUAGGUGAGGGUAGGAUGUGCAGUGGAGGAGGGGCCUCUCCAAACCCUGACUGCGCUCUGAAGGAGGCCGCUUGAGCUGCUUCCGGUUUCCUUCCUGAUGGAGCCUGUAGGGCCCUCAGCCAUGCAGCUCUGCCUGGCAUCCUGCCAUGAUCCUGUAGUUCCUACCAGCUCUCCCAGUGAUGGCUUGCUCCCCACCACAGAGGCCCAGGCUUUAGAAAGCUGCCAAGCUUGGGCUUCACAAAAAAAGAGUUAACUGGUCCCCACCCCAAAACGCGUGGGAUCAAUUUACUCUUGGGCUCCACAGCCAUGGGUGAGGCCAGUUCCUUUUCCGCUGGCGCUCACGGCCCCUGUGGCCGGCGUCACCGUGCACUUGGCAGGGAGCUCGGGGCAGCGUUCCAGUCAGUGCCCGCCGGCUGGUGCCAAGCUGGCGCACGCUUUCCUCGCAGCGCCUGGCGCCCAGCCCCAGGAGGACGUGUCACCCCAUCCUUUUUUCUUUGAAUGGUGAAUCUGCAUAGCUACGGCCGUGGGUGGGGUGACUGAUUCAGGGAAGAUGUGGCCAGGGCUGUAGCGUGGCUGUAAAUGGCGUCUUCCCGAAAGGCUUACUGACCUUUGAAAGUGCAGAUGGCACGCCGAGGGACGUGGGGCUCUGCCGUGUAACUCCUCCACGGCGGGCGAGUCUUCCAGGCUGAGGUGCCCGCCGGGCCAGGAUCUGAGUCUGGGCUUCCUGUGGCUCGCGGUGGCCUGGAGCAACAGUCAGCCUGCCCCUGGCCCAGGAGCGAGUCCUAAGGGACCUCACUCCACUGCCUGGACGCCUUGCAGAGGCCAGUGGCUUCUCUGCUGGCCGUGGUUCCAGGCCUUUCAGAUUCCCCGGGAACACGAUGCCUAAAUCGAGUUCCCCGCAGCUAGCCAGCGGUCCCGGGUUCCCGCCCAAAGUGCCCUACGGUUGCAGCCGCUUUGUGCGUGGAAGAAGCCGAACGCAGUUUCCACUUCUCCUGCAGGGCAGCCUUUUCCCGAAGUAACUCCCUGCAAGUGGAAGGGUGCCCCUCCCGUGUCACCACCCGCGAGCUGGGCUCUUCCAAGCCCGCUGUAAGCAGCUCCGCAACUUCCGUAGGCCACAGGAUGAGCCCUCUGCUGUCUUUCCUUCCUUGAAGUCUUGAGGUCUUUAUAGAAAUCUAUCCAAAUUUCCUUUUUGCCACGUUGUUAUGACAAUGGAAAAAUGUGUUUCUUUCUUUCCAAGAUGACGAUUCCAUAUUAAGGGGGAAAGAGAAGAUGGGCUGGCUGGUUUACAAAGCAUCCCUUUUCUGGAAAAGCUGCAGUUAGAGCCUUUUUCAUUUGCAUUAGCAUCAGAAGAAAAACGUUGAGAGUUCUCAAAAUGUUCCCCUCUCGAAAUCAAAUCGCCCCAAAGUCCCCACCCCAUCCAUGACAGAAGAGACGGCCAUCAGCCUACUUAGUGUUUCGAAAUUGUUGAUAUUUCCCUCCCCAAAGGCCCUCAAAGCUCUGUAAAACUUUAGCCUUUAUGUCAGGUUAGAGAAACCAAACGACGUGACGGUUGAUGUGAUGAAAACCUCCGAGCUUAUUUUUCUCCUGCUUAUGAACGUGUAUUUAUAUUUGCCGAAUGAAAAUCAUGGUGUGUGCUUCGGUGAAUGGAAUUUCAGGCCCUCCCUGUGCACAGCCAGUGGGCGAAGGUCACCUUAAACAACUUUUUCUCCCCAGUUGUCUGUUGAUCCCCAAGCCGGUUGCUUUUUUCCAGUUGCUUCCCGGGUGUCUGUACCUAGUCUGUCUUUGUAUCAGAGAACUCUCCUGUGUUCUGCUUUAACAGCCACCGGCCGUAUGAGGAAGACCGUGUGAAGAGAACACAAGUUAAACUGGGUCUCUAUCUAUGGCCUAGGUUUUGUACAUACAGAAACUGCAUGGUAUUUAAAUUAUUGUUCGUCUCUAAUGAUGUAUGCAGUUUCUUUAAAAACAAACCAAAAAAAAAAAAGUCUUAAAAACAGAUCA